AUGUCGUUUGUGAGUUCCACGUCGAAAGCCAGGGCAGAGGCUUCGGUUAAUAAGUUGCUUGCCGGUCUUAUACCAGACGCCCAACAGCGGAAGCAAACCAAAAAGCCCAAGUCAUCUACGGAACUUCUCGCAGCUCAGUUCGAGACCCCUGUGAAUGUGGUUUCCAAACGAGACCGACAGAAGAAGAAUAAACUUGUGAAGAAGAAGCAAGAAGAACAGAAACGAUUCGAGAAGUUGGUCAAGUACAAAGUCAUCAAGAGCCACAAGAAUAACGCCACCGAAGCCGAACAGAAGUAUCUCAAAAAGCUCAUCAAGCGCAAUGUUAACCAGCUUAAGAUGCUAGAAGAAUAUGAAGACUUUGCCGUUGAAGACGAAAUCAAGGAGCUUGAACGAGAGUUAGCCGCGGAAAUCGAGGCCAAACAGAAGAAGCGCAAGGACAAGUCGUUGAGCACCACACACACCAAGUCGGUCAGCUCAGGCCUCACCGACAGAUACAACAAUUUGGUGAAGGAAGGUAAGAUUUCUGUGCCUGGCUUGACUCCAGGGUUGGCUCCUGUGGAUUAUGUUUCUUCCGAUGAGGAAGAAGAGGAUGGGGAUGAGGAUUAG